AUGUCGUACUACUACGACGAGACCGAUGCGAUGCAGAUGUACCGCAGCGCCAUGAUGAACCGCGGAGGACGACCACGCCGAUUCGACGAGUACUACCGAUGCUACCCCAUCGCCAUGAUGCCUGGUCCCGAGCGCGACGCUGCGAAUCACGGUGGCAAGAUCUUCCUCCCGGCCUCUGCCCUCGACAAGCUCACACAACUUCACAUCACAUACCCUAUGCUCUUCGAGCUCGUCAACGGUGCGAGGGGUAAGAGCACGCACGCCGGUGUGCUCGAGUUCACAGCAGAAGAGGGACGAUGCUAUCUACCGUUCUGGACCAUGACCGUGCUUGGUCUCGAGCCGGGCGACCUCCUACAGACGAAGAGCACAGAUCUACCACCAGGACAGUUCAUCAAGCUACAACCCCAGAACGUCAACUUUCUUGACAUCAGCGAUCCGAAGGCCGUGCUCGAGACUGCAUUUCGGAACUUCUCGUGUUUGUCGCUUGGUGAUGUCUUCACAUUCUCGUACAACGACACUGUUUACGAGAUAGCAGUACUGGAGGUCAAGCCGAACGUCGACGGCAAGCACUCCAUCAGUGUGCAAGAGACGGAUCUGGAGGUCGAUUUCGCGCCGCCGGUCGGAUAUCAAGAGCCGCAGAAGAACAGUGGGACAAGCACACCACGGAGCAUAGGAUCAACGAUGGCCGGGAAGGGUGGCAUGAUGCAUACAGAGGGAAGCAUGGCGCAGGCGAUCAACUACUCGUCGAUCGCACCGAAUUCUACGGAGGCGGCAAAGGGCGCAGCAUCGGUCAACUUCGGUGGUGCAGGCCAGCGUUUGGUAGCAAAGAAGGGCAAGUCCGCAGUCGCCACACCUACAUCUACACCAGGCACAUCGACACCAGUGACAGGCGCCGCAGGUUCAGUAGGCAUUCCCGGGAUCGGGCCAUCCAAGACGGCUAAGAGACGUAAUGGACCUCAGCCACUCCGGUUACCUCCUGGAAAGCUAUUCUUCGGCUACGAGAUCAAGCCACUCAAAGACAAGGAUGCUGAGCAGAAUGCCGCAGAGCAGGAUAAGAAGCUUUUCUUCUCAGGUGAGGGCCAGACCUUAAGAAAGAAGAAGGAUCAGAAGCCUUGA